AUGGCCAGCGACGGGGACCAACUCCACCCGGAAAAGGCGCCGUCUGUUGCCACCGACGUGACGGCCAACAACGAGAAGGCUUUGUUCAACGAGGCCGCCGCCGUCGCCGAGGCGCCCGCACUGAACCCCGUCCCCGCCCACCACGUCGAUGUCCAGCAAGGCGAGGAAGAAGAGACGGACCCUUUCGCACACCUCCCGGAGAGCGAGCGGGCCAUCUUGAAGAGGCAGCUCGAUACUCCUGCCGUGAGCAUCUCCUACCUGGCCCUCUAUCGCUAUGCCAACCAGCUCGAAUGGACAAUCAUCAUCGUCUCGUCUGUCUGCGCCAUCGCCGCCGGCGCUGUCCUGCCACUCAUGACUGUCGUCUUCGGCUCUCUCGCCGGCACCUUCCAGGGCAUGUUCCAGGGAACCAUCUCCCACAGCGAGUUCAACGACGAGCUGACCAAGUUCGUCCUGUACUUUGUCUACCUCUUCAUCGGCGAGUUCUUCACCUGCUACAUUGCCACCGUCGGCUGGAUCUACGUCGGCGAACGCAUCUCUUCCAGGAUCAGGGAGAACUACCUCGCCGCCAUCCUGCGCCAGAACGUCGGCUACUUCGACAAGCUCGGCGCCGGAGAAAUCACCACCAGGAUCACCGCUGAUGCCAACCUCGUCCAGGAUGGCAUUUCCGAGAAAGUCGGCCUCGUCCUGCAAGCCCUCGCAACAUUCAUCACUGCCUUCAUCAUUGGCUUUGUCAAGUACUGGAAGCUCACCCUGAUCCUGUGCUCCACCAUCUUCGCCAUUGUCUUCACCAUGGGAGGCGGUUCCACCUUCAUCAUGAAGUACAACAAGAACUCGCUUGCUUCGUACGCCCUAGGAGGCACCGUUGUCGAGGAGGUCUUCAGCUCCAUCAGGAACGCUGUAGCCUUCGGAACUCAGGACAAGCUCGCUCGCCAGUACAACGAGCACCUCGUCGUUGCCGAGUACUGGGGCAAGAAGCAAAAGACUGUCCUCGCUUCCAUGCUUGGUGCCAUGAUGACCAUCGUCUACCUCAACUACGGUUUGGCUUUCUGGAUGGGCUCCAGAUACCUUGUCGCCGGAGACAUGUCUCUUUCGGACGUCUUGACCAUUCUCCUUGCCGUCAUGAUUGGCGCCUUCUCCCUUGGAAACAUCGGUCCCUGGCUGCAGGCUUUCACCACUGCCACUGCUGCCGCUUCAAAGAUGUACAGCACCAUCGACCGCGUUUCGCCCCUUGAUCCCACCUCCAAGGAGGGCAGGAAGCUUGAGAGCCUCCAGGGACAGGUCGAGCUCAGGAGCGUCAAGCAUAUCUAUCCUUCCCGUCCUGAGGUCACCGUCAUGGAUGGCGUUAAUCUUAUGGUCGAGGCGGGCAAAACCACUGCUCUCGUAGGUGCGUCCGGCUCUGGAAAGAGUACCAUUGUUGGCCUCGUCGAACGCUUCUAUGAUCCUGUUGGCGGUGACGUCCUGCUGGACGGCGUCAAUGUGCAGGAGCUCAACCUGCACUGGCUGCGCCAACAAAUUGCUCUUGUCCAACAGGAGCCCGUCCUCUUCGCCACUACCAUCUUCAACAACAUCAAGCAUGGUCUCAUCGGAACGCAGUACGAGCAGAUGGACGAAGAAAGGGUUCGCGAAAUGGUCUUCAAUGCCGCCAGAAUGUCCAAUGCCCAUGACUUUGUGUCGGCCCUCCCCGAGGGUUACGAGACAAACGUCGGCGAACGUGGUUUCUUGCUUUCCGGUGGCCAGAAGCAGCGCAUUGCAAUCGCUCGUGCAAUUGUCAGCGACCCGAAGAUUCUGCUUCUGGACGAGGCCACCUCGGCUCUGGAUACAAAGAGCGAGGGUGUUGUGCAAGCUGCACUGGACAGGGCUGCGCAGGGCCGUACCACAAUCGUCAUUGCUCACCGUCUUUCAACGAUCAAGACUGCGGACAAGAUCGUCGUGAUGUCACAGGGCCGCAUCGUCGAGCAGGGCACCCACAACGAACUCUUGGAGAAGAAGGCCGCCUACUACAACCUUGUGGAGGCCCAAAGGAUUGCCGCCGCGAACGAAAAGAUCGAGGAGGAGGAAGCCGAGCCCACUGAAACCGACGACGAGCAACUCAAGCGCAUUACAUCCUCCCAGUCUGGCAAGGGCGCGCUCUCCGCUGACCCAGAUGACGAUUUGGCGGCAAGGCUCAAGCGCACUCACACCGGAAAGUCGGAAUCCAGCGUAGCUCUUUCCAAGAAACACCCCGAGAAAGCUCAGAAAUACUCUCUUGGGCAACUCAUCAGACUCAUCGCAAGCUUCAACAAGCAGGAAUGGGUGCUCAUGGUGACGGGACUGUUCUGGUCCAUCAUUGCUGGUGGCGGUAAUCCAGUUCAGGCGGUCUUCUUCGCCAAGUCCAUCUCCGCCCUGUCAAGGCCACCGUCGCAGUACGGCGAGCUUCGCUCAGAGGCAAACUUCUGGAGCUUGAUGUAUCUUAUGCUGGCCUUCACUCAACUGAUUUCCUUCACGGGUCAGGGUCUGUGUUUUGCCGUCUGCUCUGAGAAGCUUAUCCACCGCGUUCGUGACACUGCAUUCCGAACCAUGCUUCGCCAGGACAUCGCUUUCUUUGACAAGGACGAAAACAGCGCUGGAUCCCUGACUUCCUUCCUCUCCACCGAGACCACCAACCUCGCAGGUUUGAGCGGAGCUACCCUUGGAACCAUCUUCACCGUUCUGACGACACUCAUCGGCGCCCUUGCACUCGGCAUCUCCAUCGGCUGGAAGCUUGGUCUCGUCUGCGCUUCGACGAUUCCCGUUCUCCUUUGCUGUGGUUUCCUUCGAUUCUGGAUUCUGGCUCGCUUCGAGCAGCGGUCGAAGAAGGCGUACGAGUCGUCAGCUUCGUACGCUUGCGAGGCCACCUCGGCCAUCCGUACUGUUGCUUCUCUGACUCGUGAAGAGGAUGUCUACGCCAACUACCAUCAGCAACUAGUCGCCCAGGGCUCCAAGAACUUGCGUUCGAUUCUGCGAUCUUCGACCCUGUAUGCACUGUCUCAAUCCGGCAUGUUCCUGUGCACUGCCCUUGGCUUCUGGUAUGGCGGAACGCUCAUCAGCACGGGCGAGUACACAAUGUUCCAGUUCUUCGUGUGUUUUGCUUCCAUCACUUUCGGUGCCCAGUCGGCUGGUACCAUUUUCAGUUUCGCUCCGGACAUGGGCAAGGCCAAGCAGGCUGCUGUCCAAUUGAAAACACUGUUUGAUCGCAAGCCCGAAAUCGACACCUGGUCGCAAGACGGCGAGAAGAUUCAGACUAUGGAGGGCAACGUGGAAUUCCGCGACGUUCACUUCCGCUACCCGACACGUCCUGAGCAGCCGGUUCUUCGUGGUCUUGAUCUCACCGUCAAGCCUGGCCAGUACGUCGCCUUGGUCGGCGCCAGUGGAUGCGGAAAGAGUACUACAAUCGCUCUGCUGGAGCGUUUCUACGACCCUCUGAGCGGUGGCAUCUACGUCGACGGCAAGGAGAUUUCCUCUCUCAACAUCAACGACUACCGCAACUACAUCGCCUUGGUUAGCCAAGAACCCACGCUGUACCAAGGCACCAUCAGGGACAACAUCUUGCUCGGAGCGGAUCGCGAGAACGUGCCAGAGGAAGCCAUCAUCAAGGCCUGCAAGGACGCCAACAUCUACGACUUCAUCAUGUCCCUUCCUGAGGCCUUCAACACCGUCUGUGGUAGCAAAGGUGCUCUCCUUUCCGGUGGCCAGAAACAGCGCAUUGCCAUCGCACGCGCCCUCCUCCGCGACCCGAAGAUCCUGCUGCUUGACGAAGCUACCUCUGCGCUCGACUCCGAGUCGGAGAAAAUCGUCCAGGCGGCACUGGACGCCGCCGCUAAAGGCCGCACCACCCUUGCCGUCGCCCAUCGUCUCAGCACCAUCCAGAAAGCCGACGUCAUCUACGUCUUCGAUGGAGGAAAGGUUGUCGAGUCGGGCACCCACAACGAGCUGCUGGCGCGCAAGGGCAGAUACUUUGAGUUGGUCAGCUUGCAGAGCUUGGAGAAGCAGAAAUAG